AUAGUUUACAUUAUAGCACUGCUACAUGAACCAAGAUAGUUGUGCAGUUUGUAGUUCGUCAAUUAAACACUGGAGAUUGAGAUACAUUGAAAAAUAUUUAUACCCUUGUCGUCUCCUCCAGAGGUGUCAUCUUUCUCACAUACAUGCAUAUAAAUGCAUAGGUGUAAUAUUUAUUUUUCUGCACACACCGCAUUCAAGUCAUUAUUUUGUUUUACAAUCAAUUGAAACAUCCGCCUACCUAAAUAUUGGAUCAGUUUAUUCAUUAAACUAUAGUGAGACUUUUUAUUGAUCAAUUGAUUGAGUUAAAUACGACAGCUCACUUUUUUCUUAGAUGAACUUAAAUCAGACGAAAUAAAGGUGACUGUAAAUACUCAUAAACAAGAAGGAUUGCCUAAACUUUUCAUUCAUCUUUCAUUUUUAAUACUGAGAAUACAUUUCUGGUUUGAGGAAAGAGAUUUACUCAUCAUGAAAGAAGCGAUUUAACUCUGAGUUUCUCAAUAUCAAGCUCAGAUACACAUGAAAAUACGUAGAAACGCGAGAUUUGAAUAAAGUCGUUACAACAAUUAAAAGCGUUAUGAUAAUAAUGAAUAGAAAUGAAGAUGCUUCGACACUAUCCUUAAAAUUUCCUAAGGGGUCAAAUAAUCAUCCAAAGUGUAAUUUUGUGGACUCAGUUAAACAAAAUACUUACCGAUCACUGAAUGAUGCACAACUUCAUCCUACGGAUUCUCAUGGUAAAACUGGAAAAUACAAAAUAAUACGAACAAUUGGGCAAGGAAAUUUUGCAAAGGUUAAAUUGGCCAUUCACCUUUUAACUGGACGUGAAGUCGCAAUAAAAAUGAUAGAUAAAGUCAAAAUGUAUAAAAAUUGCAAAGAAAAACUGAUAAGGGAAGUGAAAGUAAUCAAAUCCAUCAGUCAUCCAAACAUCGUUCAGUUAUAUGAAGUAAUCGAAACAGAAAGACAUGUUUAUUUAGUCAUGGAGUAUGCGAAAAAUGGUGAAAUAUAUGAAUAUCUUCUAAAAAAUGGUCGAAUGAGUGAAGCUGAUGCGCGUUCAAAAUUUCGUCAGAUACUAUCAGCUGUGCAGUACUGUCAUCGAAAGCAUAUUGUCCACAGAGACAUGAAGGCAGAAAAUCUUCUACUUGACUGUCAGAAUGAUAUUAAAUUAGCUGAUUUCGGUUUCGCUAAUAAUUUUGAUCCAACAUCACAACUGGAUACUUUCUGUGGAAGUCCACCGUAUGCUGCACCAGAACUAUUAAACGGUGAAAAGUAUAUCGGUCCAGAGGUUGAUGUCUGGGCAUUAGGCGUUAUCUUAUAUCUGUUAGUUAGUGGCUCAUUACCAUUUGAAGCACCAAAUUUAAAGGAAUUACAUCGGCGUAUUACUCACUGUGAUUAUCGUGUGCCAUAUUUUAUGUCAACUAACUGUGAAAAAAUUCUGAAACGUAUGCUAGUGAUUGAUCCUAUGAAACGAAGUUGUUUAGAGGAUUUAAUGACCGAUCCAUGGAUUAAUAUUGGAUAUGAAGGUGAUCCAUUAAGACCGUAUAUUGAAUCCCCGGAAAAUUAUAACGACCCACUACGUAUAGCUCUAAUGACCGAAAUAGGCUUCAAAAAUGACGAGUUACGAGAAACAUUUGAAAAGCACCUAUUUAACAAUGUAAGAGCAACGUAUCUCUUGUUGGGUGAUAAAGAAACACAGCACAGAAUUGCAGAAAAGUUGAUUUCCAUCAUGACUAUGUCACUAAUCAAUAAUUCAAGGCCAGAAGAAGAUGUUCAGAAUAAAGAUGGCAAACAAGCAGUUCAGCAAUCGUCUGUCUUAGAAAUUGAUGAGAAACCGGAUGCUAAAUCAGAACCUAUAACCAAAGAUGCAACUUCAGUGCCCACCUCUACUUCAAAUGUUGAAGAUAAACCAGUUGAUCAACCUGGAUCAGAUCAUCAAAAUGAUUCACCCAUUGCAUCUGAUGCGAAUUCGCGUGAAACUGUAGCACCGACAACAAAAUAUCUUGAUUCGAAAGGUGCUUCAGAUUCUAGUUCAUGUCCAUUAGAGACUGCAAAUACAGAAUGUGAGCGUAUGAAUGAGCGCAGUUGCAAAACUUCAAACGGUCUACGUCGUAUACAUGCUAGCUCUUUAUAUGAGAAUACAGAAGGAAAUGAAAAUGAAAAAGUGAUUAUAUGUAAGACAGAGAAUGAUGGGGGAAAUGGAACAAGAGAUGCAGAAUUUGUAAACCAAUUCAAGAAUAUGAAUUCAUAUCUUCCAAACCGGUUAAAACGUCAUUUCAUUAUUGAUAGAGCACACACAGCGAUUCCUGAUUCAUCAGAAUGUCGUGUAAAACAGAAUCUAAUUCAUACAACUGAUCAAUUACCUGAAUGGGAAAACUUACCAUAUGAUCAGACGGGUAGAGCAACUGUGCCAGUUAUAAUAUAUCAAGAGGAAAGUCCGUACUUCAAUGAAAAUACAACAGAAAGUAGUAAUAACAAUAAUGAUCUUAAUAAUUGUGAAGAAGAAAUUCUAAAGCCCUGCAAUUCUCAGUGUGCCCGAUGGCCAAGGGUGAAGUACCAAGAAAGUAAUUCAAAUUCAGCUACACAUCAAUCAAUAUCGCAUAAUUCAGAUCUUUUAACACGACAACAACAAGAAACCGGUCAAGAUCAUCAUCAACAAUCAGGAAGUAUUCAAGUGAAUUCCAGUAAUCAUAAUGAACCGAAAAGUGUUGCGAAAACAAACUCAAAAAUUAUAUUUUUUCAAAAGGAAGGGAAACAAAUAUAUUAUCGGUCACCGGCAUCUAAAACUAUAUCACCUGGUAAGUUUCCUCGCAGAAUUAAUUUAACGCGUCAGUUGAUCAAUUCAAACAAUAAUGAAAAGGGCAAUCAAUCAAAUGAAAGUCAACAGAGUAAAAUGAUCACAGAACAUGUAACCAAUCACGAUAAAGUUUUAUCUUAUCAAAAUCAAGCAAUAAAAUCAUGUGAAUAUAAUAAAUCAUGUCAAACAGCUCAGAAUGGUUAUGAUAACAGUAAUUACUUGAACAAUGAUCAUGAAAUUAAUAAAUUGGGGCCAUCACAAACGAAUUCGAGCAGAUCAGGGAAAAAUAACAAUGUAUUCAGAAGGAAAUCAGAAGUAUACAUCUGUAGAAUCGGAGAUUUGACAGAAAUAAAACCCUCUGAAAACAGUGGAAACGUCCCUAACAGAAAUUCAUAUUACGAAAACUGUUCACAGAGCUUUGAGAAACAGACUCAGCAUAACAAAAAACCCUUGUUAUCGUCAGUUUGUGUAUUCAAAGAAGAAAUUAGCCAAACAGAAAUACCUGAAAAAGCAUUAGUUUGGAUGCCAAAUAAAAAUCCAGUUAAUCGUGAAGUAACAGCUCGAAAAUCUGCUAUGAAACCUCAAGAUCUGAGAUCAAAUAUACAUUAUCAAGAAUCAGGGAAUAAUGUAAUUGAUAAAAAUGACUCGAGGAUGCGUUAUGUUCAUUGUUCAAACGGCUACACUGAUAAACGUGAUAUAAAUCAAUAUCGAAACACUGAAAGUUCUCAAAAGAAUCACAACAGCCUAAUUAAUAACGUUCUUAAUAAUAAUUCGCACGAUCAUUUGCAAUUACAGAAGCCAGGACGAUUAAAUUGGGCUUACGGAAUUGCAAUACGCAAUACAAAUCUGAAAAUUCUACUCCAUACAUUGAAUAAAGUUGUAGAAAAAAAUCACAUUGAUUAUGUUCGCCUCAAUCCCUAUUGUAUUUUAUGUACACAUGUGAAUCACCACCACAAUCAUAUGAAAAGUAAUAAUAACCAAACCAUUAAGAAUUCAUCACAGAUUAAUUAUGGUAAACGUCAUACUGACAGCAAUAAAAAAACCUCUUCGCUGAAAUGGGAAAUUGAAGUUGUACAUCUGCCAAGGUUUCAAACAUAUGGUAUACGUUUCAAGCCAAUUGAUGGUGAUUUGAUCCAGUAUAGAUCCAUCGAAAAAUCACUGACUAUACAACUUGUACAAGCGAUGAAUGAUUCGGCUUGAAUUGGAAAUUUCUAUCAUUUUGGUUUUUUACUUUCAAAACGGCUACAUCACAUUUCUUCAUGGAAAUUCUAACUAGAUUCUUAAACAAGAGCUACAUCUCUGUAUAAAAUUUAUUCAAUUACAUCUGACUACUUAUAAGUAAGCAAUUUUGUAGGAGUGAUUUUUCACUUUGUUUCGUAGUAAACUUACAGACAACUUUGUAAAUUUAUUGUACUAUUGAUGUUUUAUUAAAACACUCAUUGAAAAUUAACUACCAAUUUGUAAAAUAGUACAUCAGACUGAUUAAGUUAUUAUUACAUACAUAUGUAUACAAACUGUGUUCCAACUCGCAGUUCAUUACAAUGUACUAAAUUAAUCAACCUGCGUUGAUCACUAAGUUCAUGGAAAGAAAAUGCCUCUAUAAAGCCUUGAAUUUAAUUCUAAUGUUAAGAUAAGACAAGACAAAUGGAAUCCUUUGGAUUUCGCUGCCAAAAAAAACAAUAUCAAAAUGGAAUCCAAGGGGAUCUCAACGAAUUCCCUCAAGGGCACUGUAUAUUAUCAGAGGUCGUUAGAUUCAAGAAAAUGAACUGAAGGAUUUACAAAGUGUGAACUUAAAAAAUUAUAAUCGUUGUAACGG